AUGCCUAGCACAUCCACAGCAUCUGAAGGCUCCUUGACCCAGGCAGUUUGUGAACCAUCCCAGCUGUCAGCAAUGAUCAGUGACCAAGAUGAAGACAUGCUUAGCUACAUGAUCAAUUUGGAAGUACAAGAACUCAGGCAUCCCAAGAGUUCCUGCAAAAUCACCUUUUACUUUAGAAAUAACCCACACUUCCAGAAUGCAGUGGUUGUUAAGGAAUUCGUCGUGGAUAUCACUGGAUAUAGGUUGUGCCAUUCCACUCCCAUUCAGUGGCGUGAGGAUUAUAAAAUUGAAGCUGACAGUCACAGAAACCACAACAAGAGCCCAAACUUCUUCAACUGGUUUACAGACCACAAUUUUGCAGGCUCAAACAGGAUCACUGAGAUCAUCAGAAAAGACCUGUGGCUCAAUCCAUUGCACUACUACAAGAUGAUGAAAGCACAUGAAGAGGGGGAAGAAAAUGAAUCCCCUAUGACUCCAGAUGCUUACCAGGACUUCCUGUGA